CGCGCGAGCGAGCUAGAGAGCUAGAGAGAGAGCGCGAGGCCGUCGGGUACGGAGCGGAGGUUACCACAGGGCAGAUGUGCAGUGUGCUGCUUGUACCACUGCUGGACCUCAACCAUUAGCAACAAGAGGAGGCACUCAAACCCAAACACCUCUUCGACCCGCCUCACCGCCGCUUGCCAGUUUCACCUAUGGGUAUUCUCCUUCUUGGACAUACUGCACAGCAGCAAGUUCAAAGUCGUACGUGACUGCAUUCAUGAGUCAGGGCUAUGUUUAUUCUGUCGUGAACGCUCGGACCCCAUGAACCGGAGCAGCGUGCUUCUACCGACUGGACCUUUGUUUUACUUUUUGUCGGUGGCUACAUUAAUUUACAGCAUGCACCGAUUUAAUGCAAAACAGCUCUGAUUGUAACAUACAGACUGUCUGCGAAAUAAGACUGUGACCGGCUACGAGGAUUAGUAAGCGACAUGACAAUUAGAUAAAACGCUGGAGCUGCUAUAAAAGCACAGCGAAAAACUCGCUUACGAUAACGACACAGGACUGCGAGCCGUGGGUGCAUUGAGGUCAUCAUGAGCUCGAAGGGGCUGAAAAGUUACUGGGAUCGGUCAUAUCUCCUCCCUCCCGUAAGUGUGUCAUGAAGAUGUGAUGAGCUCUUCCCUCGCUCCCUUCCUCUUUCUCUUCGCCGUCCAGCGCCUUGAUCUUUUCUUCUCUGGUUGGUAUUAAAGAGGUCAGACGCGACUCCCGGCUCUCCGGAUGUAUGAAAGCGUGGAUGUUGUGGGUUUGAGCCCCAGCCCCAGCAGCCCCAGCCCCGGCUUUUUUCUGAGCAUGGACUACUACCACAGACCCCCGGGGCUCUGGCCGGAGAAGGGACUCCUGUCCGGUGUAGGAGGACUCCAGCGUCCGUUCGGAGCGUCCCUGUUGACCGGCAGGCACUGGAGCGGAUCCAGCCACUCUAUAGAAACUGAGAGCACAAGUUCAGGGGAGGAUCUGCUCAUCCCUAGCCCCCCCUCACCUCCUCCUCCACCUCGUAUCUACAAGCCCUGCUUUGUGUGCCAGGACAAGUCUUCAGGCUACCACUAUGGAGUCAGUGCCUGUGAGGGCUGCAAGGGCUUCUUUCGGAGGAGCAUCCAGAAGAAUAUGAUGUACACAUGCCACAGAGACAAAGUCUGUGUCAUAAACAAGGUGACGAGAAACCGGUGUCAGUCCUGUCGUUUGCAGAAAUGCCUCGACGUUGGCAUGUCCAAGGAGUUAGUGCGAAAUGACAGGACAAAGAAGAAGAAGAAGGAGGAGAAGAGGCAGGAGGAGCCAGAGACCUACGUCCUCUCACCAGAUACAGAGCAGAUGAUUGAACAAGUUCGCCGGGCUCACCAGGACACAUUUCCAUCCCUGUGUCAGCUGGGGAAAUACACUACGAGCAACAGCUCCGAGCACCGCGUCUCGCUUGAUGUCAGCCUCUGGGACAAGUUCAUUGAACUGUCCACCAAAUGCAUCAUUAAGACGGUGGAGUUUGCCAAGCAGCUGCCCGGCUUCACAACAUUAACCAUUGCUGAUCAGAUCACCCUCCUCAAAGCUGCCUGCCUUGACAUACUGAUUCUGAGGAUCUGCACGCGCUACACUCCAGACCAGGACACCAUGACCUUCUCUGACGGCUUGACUCUGAACCGCACCCAGAUGCACAAUGCUGGGUUUGGACCUCUCACAGACCUGGUGUUCUCAUUCGCCAAUCAGCUGCUCCCGCUGGAGAUGGAUGAUGCAGAGACGGGAUUGCUCAGUGCCAUCUGCCUGCUCUGUGGAGACCGUCAGGAUCUGGAGGAGUCAGACAAGGUGGACGUUCUUCAAGAGCCAAUGCUAGAAGCCCUGAAGAUCUAUGUGAGGAGGAGGAGGCCAGAUAAACCUUGUAUGUUCCCCAAGAUACUGAUGAAGAUUACCGACCUCAGAAGCAUCAGUGUGAAGGGAGCAGAGCGCGUGAUCACACUGAAGAUGGAGAUACCUGGCUCCAUGCCUCCUCUCAUCCAGGAGAUGCUGGAGAACUCUGAGGGACUGGAGGGCUAUGGAGCAGGGGGAGGUAAAGGAGGAGGAAAAGGUAGUGGAGGAGGCAGAGUAGAGGACAAAACAGAGCUUGGGAGCUGUCAAUCCAAACCCAUCACUUAAACGAGUCCCCUCUCCUGGCCUUGCACAUCUUCUUCUCCUUCCUUCUCCACCUGAACUUGUACACUCAGCAGCCCUGUUCCACACAGCGGCGAUGCUUUGGUACUGCAAGAAAACCAUCCACACAGCAGACACACAGCAGCAAGAACUACACUUAAUAACAGGAAAUCUGGAGGACAACUCUCUGGGUUACUGGUUACACUGGGAAGGAGACUUAAGAUACAAGUGUUGCAGAUAGGUGGUGAGAGACUGAUUGAAAGCAGGUACACUAUGCUGUGAGGACUGAUUUGUGUUCAGACAUGAUGGAGUUAAACAUAUGCAAAUAUGUGAUCCUCUAGUUUGUUUUGUUACCUUUUUAAAAUGACUAACAGGUAAAAUAUUUGCCUACUGUGUGAACCCUCAGGAUUAGGAUUAUCUAGAUACUACAUAGAUGUGGACAGACCGAAGAAGAGGACUCCUCUUACACACUGACAUCCUAAUUAAAAAGUCGGGUAGAAUGUGCAGAAUCAUGAAGUGUAAUAUAUUGUAUAUAUGUUAACAAAACUGAGAGAAGUUGUUGGACUGAGACAAACUGAUACAAGAGAUUAUUUUCCUAAAUGUACAUUUGUAUACAGUGCAGUGCCAGGACUUCUUAUUUCAUCUUCAUGACCAACCUCCCCAAACUGCCCCCAGAAUUCUGUCCUCUCUCUCCUCACAAUAAAAUAAUAAUACUUUCCUUAAUUGAAAUCAGAAAUGUAAACAGGAAUCAGAGACUUUCUGUAUGUCACGUCUGCCUGUUGAUGGACACUUUCAGCCAAUGCAAACUGUGGUACUGGAGCUGGAGAGCUCUGCAGAGUUAUAGCUCAAUGAGGCCAAUACUGAAAUCUCGAACAGUGUGGACGGGUACUGCCAAACCAUAUCUGUAAAUGUACAAAUGUAUUUAGUUUUUAUAGUCUUCACCAUUUAGUGUUAGUCUGUCCCUACUGUCAGACACCAGUUUUGUAACUCCAAUUUUAGUGAUGUCUUGGAAAGUAUAUCAAUCCACAGAGUUCAACAGGAUUGUAUGAUUUUCUUUGUAUGCCCUGGACUAUGUGUGUUCAUUAGUAGAAUGUGAUUCACUGGAAAGUGCUGUAUCUAUUUCGAUAUUCAUGUUAUCUUAUUUUUGUCUUAUUGGAUGGUCUCUUGGUUCUGGUAGCCAUUGGGUAAAUUCCCUUAUUUGAUCGUUCCUCGAUCCUCACUCGGCUAGACAGUCAUACCUGCUCUGAGCAGCGAGGAGCGAAGGAGUCAUGGGCGAGGAUACACGAGACCAUCCUUCGUGGAAGUGUUGCCUCUUUAUCAGAAAUCAGUUGGUGAUUAAAUGCUUCAGAUCAAGGACUGGAGAAAAGGUCAUCUCAUGUCUCUGGGUACAUCCAAAGUCUUAAUAUUUCCCUCACUUGUCUUUUCCUGGAGUCUUAGUUCCACCCACAUAAGAUGUGAGGAGAGAAGACUCAAGAAAACACAUUUAUAGAGACAAGCCAAGCACCCUAUAGCCCUCAUCUGUGGGCGGAGCCAAGGGAGUGGCCCAGAAUCUGAUUGGCCACCCCUCCUAGAGUCAAAACGUGAUGCUUGUCCAUAUUAUUAAAUGAAAAAUGAAAAACGGUGACAAAUUGUUGUCUUAAGUACAACUAACAUUUUUCUGGUACUUUAUAAUUGACAUUUGUCGAUUAUUUUAUAUUUGCAUUCAUUUCUCCAAUUGUGUUGUGGAGUAUUUGACAUGAUUCACCUCAGUGUGUGUGUGGGUGGAACACUGGGCAGCAGCAAUGUCUCCGGCUGGAAGUAAAUAAGGAGCACAGCCCAAGUUUGCUAAAGAGAACACCAAUGUCUGUCUCAUGUUUACACAAAAUUUAAUGAUAUAUGGUUUAUCAUGGCAUAAAACUAGAGGUUUAAUAAAUUUUUUUUCAUGAAUUUCAAAUGUGCCACCCCUCUGAGUCUGCACCAGCCUGGCCACCACCUGCAAAAUUUUCUAGAUCUACCCCUGCUCUCAUCCAACCUCAGUCAUUACUCACUAGGACACAGUACACAGAAGCCGCUUUGAGUAAAAGGAAGCUCACUUAAAGUUUGUCAGACAGCAUUUAAAGGACUCAGAGAGCAUGAGGAAAAGGAUUCUCUGAUCUGAUGAGACAAAAGCCAAAUUUUCUGGGCAGACAUCCAGGCACUGCUUAUCACCUGCUAAUACAACCUCUGUGGUGAAGCAUGGCAGUGGCAGUGUCAUGCUGUGGUAGGUUUCCCAGCAGCAGGGAGAGGGAGACUGGUCAGAACUGAGGGAUGGAUGAAUGCAGCCAAAUACAGAGAGUUCCUUGAAGGAAAUCUGCUGUAGAGCACACACAGUCUUCCCAUUCAGACCUACCAAGCACUGAACCUUUAAAUGCGGCCGAAUGAGCUUCUACAUUGUACCGAAUUAAGGGUCUGAAAACUUUUGCAAUAGAGAAAUUUCCAUUUUUUGAUAUUUACUGCAUUUUUAAACAAUUCUUAAACCUGUUUUGCUUUUGUCACUCUGGGUUACUGAGUGUAAUGUGGUUCUUAUUUAUGCAAAUUUAAAUAGA